GGGGUCUUUUUAUGCGCGUAAUUGCUGAGCUGAAGUGUAUAUUCCGCGGUAAAGUCUGGCUGAGAGGACUGUAGUGCUCGCUUCUUGUGAAGAAUCACCUGUUAACUGCUGGCAAGAUGGAAACUAUUGGAGAUAUUCAGGUUAAGGAGCUGGACAAGCGUGCCUCUGGCCAGGCCUUUGAGGUGAUUCUGGCUGCUCCUGCACCAGAUGCCAAGUCAGAGUUCCCCUUAUCUCCUCCCAAGAAGAAGGAUGUCUCCUUGGAGGAAAUCCAGAGGAAGCUGGAGGCUGCGGAAGAGAGACGCAAGAACCACGAGGCUGAGGUUCUGAAGCAUUUGGCUGAGAAGCGGGAACACGAGAAGGAGGUGCUGCAGAAGGCCAUGGAGGAGAACAACAACUUCAGCAAGAUGGCAGAAGAGAAACUCAAUCAGAAGAUGGAGGCCAACAAGGAAAAUCGCACGGCCCUUCUAGCGGCAAAGAACGAGAAGUUCAAGGAGAAGGAUAAGAAGUUGGAGGUGGUGCGCAAGAACAAGGAAACCCAGGAAGGCACCUCAGAAGACUGAACCUUUCCAGCUGGGAGAGAAAUUGUACAGGCUUUUGUUUUUUUUUACGUAUCCAAAGAUUGCUUUAUUUUGUUUUGACAGCCAGUAUUUUUGUGUUCACAACCCACCUUUUUUCAAAUAAAAUUAUGAAGUUCCACUUUUGUGAAUUUUUCAACUCUCACGGUAGAAGUGUACGUGCACUGGUUUUACAUGUCUGUCCCACCCCCGCCCCUGCUUUUUGAGUCUGCUUUGCCUGUUCCAUUUGUGAGCAUUGGAAAUGUGUUGUGGAUCUGCAACUGUUUUUGGCACUUAAUAUACUAGAGUACUGUUUAACCUGGGCCGGUUUCUAGAUGCAGUUCGACGCCUUGCUACCCUGUAUAUGUGCUUCUUGCUCUUGCUCUUGCUAGUUCAAUUCACUGAAGCUACAUGUUUGUGCCGCUGAAAUAUUGCAUUUUGUAAUGUAUAGGAAAUAAUUUGGAAAGCACAUGACUUCUUGCUGUAUAGCUGGGAAUUUAACCUUGCUGGAAAUGUACAUUUUACAUCUUGACAUCGUUGGAACACCACACACGGUAUCUCAAUAUACAGUAACUAGUUGACUUGAACUGUUGUACUAAAAUUAAAGUUGUAAACCCAAUGUA